AUGCAGACCAUAAAGUGCGUUGUUGUAGGAGAUGGUGCCGUCGGCAAGACGUGUUUGUUAAUUUCGUACACCACCAACAAGUUCCCAUCGGAGUAUGUGCCCACGGUGUUCGACAAUUAUGCGGUGACAGUUAUGAUCGGAGACGAGCCAUACACCCUGGGUUUAUUCGAUACAGCCGGACAAGAAGAUUACGAUCGUUUAAGACCAUUGUCAUACCCUCAAACGGACGUGUUUUUAGUGUGUUUCAGUGUGACCUCGCCUGCUUCGUUUGAAAACGUACGAGAGAAGUGGCUUCCCGAGGUGCACCACCAUUGUCCUGGUGUACCCUGCUUGAUUGUUGGUACUCAGACAGAUUUGCGAGAUGAUCCUAUUGUGGUUCAGAAACUUGCGCGACAGAAGCUCAGACAAGUUCCUCCUGAGAGCGGUGAACGUCUUGCUCGUGAGGUGGGUGCUGUGAAGUACGUCGAGUGCUCGGCGUUGAGUCAAAAGGGACUGAAGAACGUGUUUGACGAGGCCAUUGUGGCUGCUCUAGAGCCCCCUGUGACCAAGAAGAGUAAGAAAUGUAUUGUUUUAUAG